AUGGACAUACAAGUGACUGUGAACAACACUGAUAUUCUGACUGACUUACAUCCAUGCUAUGAAACUCUUAAUUUCAGUUACAAAAUAACCACAACUCCCUCUGUUGUAUGUGUAAUGUUAUAUGGUUUUCUUAUGCUAUUAUCUGUUGUAACAGUAUGUGGAAACCUCCUUGUAGUAAUCUCAAUCAUUUAUUUUGAACAGCUGCAAACACCCACAAACACUCUCAUUCUGUCUCUAGCUGUGGCUGACCUUCUUGUUGGGAUAUUAGUAUUUCCUUUCAGCAUGGCUUUCUCUCUCAGUUCUUGUACCUAUUAUGAGAGUUUAUUUUGCAAGGUCCGAGACAGCUUUGAUAUAUUGUUUAGCACAUGCUCUAUUAUGCACCUGUGCUGUAUUUCAGUUGACAGGCAUUACGCAGUAUGCCAGCCUCUAACCUAUAGUUCUAAAAUCAGCCGUCACGUUGUUGUCAUCAUGAUCGCUGUGAGCUGGGGUGUUUCUGCUCUCAUUGGAAUUGGUGUGAUAAUUCCUAAAUUAAAAAAUGAACCAUGUUUGGAAACCUGUUUUAUUGAUGUUCUGAUGGCAAACACUAUUGGACCAAUAUUAUCAUUUUACCUUCCAGUGGUCCUAAUGCUUUGCAUCUACCUGAAGAUCUUUGUUGUUGCACAGAGACAGGCACGGAGCAUCCAAACCAGGACUAAGUCUGGAUCAAGUGCCAGUAAGAUAGAAAGAAAAGCCACUAAAACUCUAGCUAUUGUUCUCGGAGCUUUUCUGUUUUGUUGGACUCCUUUCUUCCUUUGCAUCACAUUUCUGCCAUUUACCAGUAAUUCAGUACCAAUUUCUGUGAUUGAAACACUAAACUGGCUAGCUCUAUCCAAUUCAAUGCUUAAUCCGUUUAUUUAUGCUUUCUUUUACUCCUGGUUCAGGUCAGCCUUUAAAACUAUUGCUUCUGGGAAAAUAUUACAAGGGGAUUUUGCUAACUUGAGACUGCAUUAA